AUGGAUGUAGCAGAUGCGCAUGUUGGUCAGCUUCGUGUACGGGAUGAAGUUGGAGUACGAUGUCAGAAAUUGUUCCUGGAUUUUCUCGAAGAGUUCAAAGAGGACGGCGAGAUCAAAUAUCUGAAAACGGUGCUAGAUCUGGUCAAUCCGGAUCGGUCUACGCUAGAGGUCAGUUUUGAGGAUGUAGAAAAUUACAACCAAACGCUGGCUACUGCGAUCAUUGAGGAAUACUAUCGCAUCUUUCCCUAUCUCUGCCAAUCGGUGUCGAAUUUUGUACGGGAUCGGACGAGCUUGAAAAAGCCGAAGGAAUGCUACGUAUCGUUUGUAGAUGUACCGACGCGCCAUAAAGUUCGUGAACUCAGCACUUCCAAGAUUGGAACGUUGAUUCGCAUCUCCGGUCAGGUGGUACGCACGCAUCCAGUACAUCCGGAGUUGGUGUUGGGAACUUUCGUGUGUCUGGAUUGUCAGACGGAAAUUCGUGACGUAGAGCAGCAGUUCAAAUUCACGAAUCCGACCAUCUGCCGCAAUCCAGUGUGUGCCAAUCGUCGUCGGUUCAUGCUCGAAGUGGACAAAUCAUUGUUCAUUGAUUUCCAAAAGGUGCGCAUUCAGGAGACGCAAGCCGAACUCCCGCGAGGAUGUAUUCCGCGCUCGGUUGAGGUGAUUUUGCGUGCAGAGAUGGUAGAAACGGUGCAAGCGGGAGACCGAUAUGAUUUCACCGGAACGCUUAUCGUAAUACCGGAUGUGGGAGCACUGCAACUGCCAGGAGCAAAGGCUGAAAUCGGGUCGCGUCAUAAGCAGGGCGAUAAUGCAGCCGAGGGCGUUCGAGGUUUGAAGGCUCUGGGUAUGCGAGAUUUGAACUACAAAAUGGCUUUUCUAGCCUGUUCGGUGCAGGUGACUUCGUCUCGAUUCGGCGGUACCGAUUUGCCGAUGAGUGAGGUAACAUCGGAAGACAUGAAGAAGCACAUGACUGAUGCGGAAUGGAACAAAGUGUAUGAAAUGUCCCGUGACCCCCGACUGUAUUCACACCUAAUAAACAGCCUUUUUCCCUCGAUCUAUGGUAACGACGAAGUAAAACGAGGAAUUCUGCUGAUGCUGUUCGGUGGUGUGGCCAAAACUACACAGGAGAAAACUACUCUCCGUGGUGACAUAAAUGUGUGUAUUGUGGGCGAUCCCAGCACAGCAAAAUCUCAGUUCCUGAAACAAGUGUCCGACUUUUCGCCCCGUGCGGUAUACACAUCGGGUAAAGCAUCGUCUGCUGCAGGUCUGACAGCGGCCGUAGUAAGAGAUGAGGAAAGUUUCGAUUUCGUUAUCGAAGCCGGAGCACUUAUGCUGGCGGACAAUGGCAUUUGCUGCAUCGAUGAGUUCGACAAGAUGGACCCGCACGACCAGGUUGCGAUUCACGAGGCCAUGGAACAACAGACAAUUUCCAUUGCUAAAGCGGGCGUACGAGCCACACUGAACGCUCGUACCUCGAUCUUGGCCGCAGCAAAUCCAAUCGGUGGCCGGUACGAUCGGUCGAAAUCGCUACAGCAGAACAUUCAGCUGACGGCUCCGAUUAUGUCGCGUUUCGAUCUGUUUUUCAUUCUGGUUGAUGAGUGCAAUGAGGUGGUUGAUUACGCGAUCGCUAGAAAGAUUGUCGAUCUGCAUUCCCACAUUGAAAAUCGUGUAGAACAGGCCUAUUCGCGUGAGGACGUGCUGAGGUACAUAAUGUUUGCACGUCAGUUUAAACCAGUUAUCAAACCUGAAGCCAUGCAGCUGCUGGUUGAGAACUAUGGACAUUUGCGGCAGCGUGACACAGGUACAAGUGGCAAAAGCACUUGGCGAAUUACCGUUCGGCAGCUUGAAAGUAUGAUCCGUUUAAGUGAAGCAAUGGCCAAAAUGGAAUGUAAUGAAGAGGUGACUGAACAGCAUGUGAAGGAAGCUUACCGGUUGCUGAACAAAUCAAUCAUCAGAGUGGAACAGCCGGACAUUCAUUUGGAUGAUGAGGAAGGAGAGGAAGGCGAAAACAUUAUGGAUACUGCAGAGGAUACACCCGAAGAUACACCAGCAACGAAUGGAACUGAUGAGAACGGUCACGAAGCAACGGCUGUCACCAAGAAGAAACUCACACUUUCCUUUGAAGAGUACAAAAAUCUGUCCAACAUGCUGGUCAUUCAUAUGCGCAAUGAGGAGAGUCGCAUUGAAUCGGAAGAAAUCGAACAGGAAGGAAUUAGCAAGACGCAGUUAAUAAACUGGUACCUUGGUCAAGUUGAGGAUCAACUGGAAUCGUUGGAGGAACUGACGGAGCGAAAGAUUUUAAUUGAAAAGGUGAUCGACCGACUGAUCUAUCAUGACCAAGUCAUCAUACCUCUGAAGAAGGCUGGACUUGACGAGAAAGGAUCCUCCGGGGACGAAGAUGUGCUGCUGGUGGUUCAUCCUAAUUACAUUGUCGAAAGUUAA